AUGACUGAUAUCACCAACGCCAGCAAAAUGCUGGUUACGUUAGUGUUAUGCACACUCCUUUUACAAGCAGAUUCGAGAUUUCUCUCGAGCUUUUCAGUGCGUACAUCUCCGGAAGAUCUAAGUGUCGCGGCUGCCGAACCACGCCCAAUUUUUGUAGAACUAGAAAAACACCCGCACGUGCUACCCUUAGUGGCAGAUUUGAGUGAUUUCAGUGAUACCCCAAGUGAAGCUUCCGAAAAAGUGGAGAAAAUUCUGCGCAGGCCUGUAGGGUUCUCGUAUAGGAACCAACACCCAUCUUCAUCGGAUCUGAAAAAAGGUUCAGCAAUACCAGACGCUUCAAUAAUAGUGCCAGAAGAAAGUCAACCCACGGGCGUUGUAGUGGACCAGAAACCAGCGGCUAUUGACUACUACAAACACGUAAAAAACGUAGAAAAUGAAGAUGACAGUGGAGCAGGCUUCGUAGAGGCAGUAAAAGCAGACGAGGAAGUUGAAGGUGAUGAGGGAGCAGACAAAGAAGAACAAAGCGAAUCAAUCGACCAAAGUCAAGCCAGCGAAGAGCAGGAAGUGGACCACGAGAAGAUAGUUGAAGCCGUUUCGAAAGAAAACGAUGAUCAUGAAAAUGUAGAAGAAGAAAAUGAUGAUAAAGAGGAAUACAAUCAUGAAGGCGAUGAUCAUGAAAAUUAUGAAGUUCAUGAAAAGAAUAAGAGCAAUAAGAAAUAUGAAAAGGGUGGCGGCAAAGAACAUCAUGAACAUCACAAAGGUAGUCAUGGUGAAAAAGGCGAUAAAGGGUACAAGGGUCACCAUCACGACGAAAAGGGACAAAAGGGCCACCAUAUCAAAGAAAACCAUGCGAAGGAAUUCGAAGAAAAGGGUGGCAGCAACAAGAAGCAUCACCACGACGACGGAUACCAUGCCGAACAUCAUCAUGGCGAAAAAGGGGAGAAAGGUCAUAAGUUUAGUGAAGAAGGAGAUCAUUCCAAAGGCCAUAGCACCAAAGGAGAACAUAACAUCAGGAAGAAAGAAGAAUAUGAAAAGAAACAAGAAUUCUUCGACGAGAGUCAUGAAGAGGGAGAUUUCGAAAAAGAUGGAGCAUUCUUCCAUGAGGAUAGUUUUCAUAAGGGAGGGCAUGAGAAAGGUGGGCACAAAAAAGGAGACCACGAAGAAAACCACUACGGAAAGAAACACAGCGAAGAAAAGGGUGGACACUACAAGGAAGACAAGGGACACAAAAGCUCUGGGGGUCAUGAUUCGCAUCACCAUCAUGAGGAUAAACACGGUGACGAAGAAUCACAUUCAGGAGGUAAGAAGUGGAAAUAUGACAAAGGCACUGGAGGUGGAGGAGGAGGUGGGCAUGGGGGUGGAAAAGGUGGCCAUGGAAAUGGAGGAGGAGGUAGUCAUGGAAAAUAUUCUGUGCAUGAACCAUCUGACCAUGAAGCCAACGCAGAGCACGGUGAAACUCAUGCUGACAUUCAUGAUGCUGGUGAUGAUGUGGAAAAAGAGAAUGCAGAAAUCGAAAAUGGAAACACUGAACUGGAAGAUGACGAGUCACGGAUUGUGCUGGAGAGGAAUUACGAUUUUGAUGGGUUCCCUCUGUUACCGAAAUAUAGAAAAAGCUCGAAGGAUGAAUCAUUUCAGUUAUCCAGGAAUCCGUCGAGCAGUGGCAAGCUGCAGAAACGAAGUGAGGAUAGUGACGAGGUGUUGAUUGAGCUCGCCAAAGAAAACAGGAAACUUGGGAGGACAGGACCUUACAAAGUUUUGGUGCUAGGAGACUAUACUACUCCCAAGCCACCGAGGAUUGUAACAUACCCAUCCGAGGCAGAUGAUAUGGUUUUGACGAGUGAAAAACAAACCAGAGAGAGUACUCCAAAUAUCUCGGAUCCAGGUCUGGCAGAAACAGUGAAACAAUCAUCUGCUAUUCUCACUACAACGAUGAGCCCUAUUGUCGUUAAGGAUACAAGCGCAGAAGCAAGUGAUAUUUUGAUUAUGUUCAUUGAAAGGGAACCAAGCGUCAUAAAGAGAUGAAUGACAUAAACGUCUUAGUUCAUCUGUUACCAAGUAUCCUAGGAACAAUUUCAUUUCAUCAAUUCAUUUUAGUGUCAGAAUAUCAAUUGUUUCGUUUCCAGAAAAUAUUGUUAUUUAUUAUUUAUAAUGUAAAUUAUUUGUUGAUGGAUUUUGUUACUAUUUAUGCUAGUUUUAUGCACUCAUGUAAGACUGCCAGUGAUAAAAUGUUAUUAAAGAACUUCG